AUGCCCAUUGGGAUGGCUCGAGAUCUGGAGGAAACCGGCUCAUCCUCAGAGGAAGAGGAGGAGGAAGAUGUAGACGGGCUGGAGGAUCAUCCGUGUAUCAAGUGGACUGGUGGCGGCUGCCGGCGGAUCCCCAUCUUGGUCUUUCAUGCUGAAGCCAUUCUGACCAACGACAGCUACCUCCGUCUAAUUGGAGAGCGCUACCGCUUGUCCUAUAAGAUUGUGCGAACAGACAGCCGUCUGGUUCGAAGCAUUCUGGCUGCCCAUGGAUUCCAUGAGGUGCACCCUAAUAGCAGUGAUUAUAAUCUCAUGUGGACGGGAUCACACUUGAAGCCCUACUUGCUGCGUUCUCUUACAGAUAUUCAGAAAGUCAAUCAUUUCCCUAGGUCAUAUGAACUGACACGAAAGGACAGACUGUACAAGAAUGUCAGUCGUAUGCAGCUGGCCCAUGGAUUCAAGACAUUCCAUAUCUUACCUCAGACUUUUAUCCUCCCGACAGAGUACCAGGACUUCUGCAAUACCUAUUCUAAGGACAGAGGACCAUGGAUAGUGAAGCCUGUGGCCUCUUCCAGGGGUCGAGGUGUCUACCUGAUAAACAAUCCAAACCAGAUUGUCCUGGAAGACAACAUCCUCGUUUCUCGUUACAUCAGCAACCCCCUGCUCAUAGAUGAUUUCAAAUUCGAUGUGCGCCUCUAUGUUCUGGUUACAUCCUAUGAUCCACUUGUCAUCUAUCUCUACGAGGAAGGACUGGCCAGAUUUGGUAUGUUUGUGCAGCAAGUGCUGGCAAGCUCUCUUUGGCGGACAACGCUCAAGUGUGAGCAGAGGUUGGCAGAAAACUUUCCGUGGGCUGUUCUGCAUGGCCUCCAGAUGGCACCAGUGGUCUUUAGCUUUAGCGAUUUGGACUUUUCCCAUACCCUGGAUUUGCAAAUUGAGUUGGUGAGAG